UGCAAGGACCACAUUAGAAUUCAUAAACGGUGAACAUGAAACUGGCAGUGUUAGCUCUUUUGGCUUUAGCCGCCGUCGCCACCGGCAGAAGCAUUGACUACGAGGAUGGUCUUGAAGCCGUUACCGCUUAUGGAUACCUUGAAAAAUACGGAAUACCUCGUGCGAAUGAAGUUCGUGAAGCCGAAGAAGCCGAGUUAGCUGGCGGCUCUAGAAUCGCUGGAGGAUCUGCAGCUAGCCUUGGACAAAUCCCAUACCAGGCCGGUAUUGUUAUCCACCUACCUAGAGGACAAGCUAUUUGCGGAGGUUCCCUACUCACCAACCGUAGAGUCCUGACCGCCGCUCACUGUUGGUGGGAUGGCGAGAACCAGGCCCAGAGGUUCACUGUCGUUCUUGGAUCUAUCCGAGUUUUUUCCGGUGGAUUGAGAAUAAACACAAGGGAUAUCGUUAUGCACGAAAAUUGGCAGCCACGUAUUGUCAGAAAUGAUGUUGCUGUGGUUCGCCUCUCCGUGAACGUUGGACUUAACAACAACAUUCAAACCAUUGCCCUGCCUUCUGGAGGUCAACUUAACGAGCACUUCGCUGGAGAGAGGGCCAUAGCUUCUGGUUAUGGUCGUAUUGGCGAUGCUGCCAUUCACGAUAUCACAAUCAACCAGGCUCUGCGCCAUGUUACCCUUGAUGUAAUCAGUAACGCCGUGUGCUCGGACACUCGGGACAUUGGUCCCUUCGUGCACUCCACCAACAUCUGCACCAGCGGCGCCGGUGGCCGCAGCACCUGCAGGGGAGACUCUGGUGGUCCCCUCGUCGUCACCAGAAAUAACAGGCCGCUAUUGAUCGGUGCGACAUCCUUCGGUCACCGUGAUGGUUGCCAGGUAGGCUUCCCCGCUGUCUACGCCAGGAUCACCUCUUUCAAUGACUGGAUCAGAAGAAAUUUGUAAAUCUAAAAGAAAAAGCAUGACAACAAGUUUAUAAUCAAAGAAGACAUUUUAAUAAAUAUUGGUUCGAAA